AGAGAGAGAGAGAGAGAGAGAGCAUUUCUUCAUUUCUUCAGAAGGCCACUCCUGUUUUGAUUUGUCUCGUGAACUCCCUCGUGACACCUCUUUUCUUUCACAAUCAUGUCUUUCACUGGCAAAUACGAGCUGGAGAGUCAAGAAAACUACGAAGAAUUCCUCAAAGCAAUCGGACUUCUCAGUGCAAAGACUGACAGCAAAGUCCACACAGAAGUUCUUCAGAAUGGGAAUGACUUCACGUGGACUCAAACCACCCCCAACUGGACUUGGUCUAACAAGUUCACCAUUGGUCAGGAAUGUGAGCUACAGACCAUGACAAAGUCCGAAUUCAAGGCCCUUGUCAGUAUGGAAGGUGGGAAGAUUUCGGUAAAUUUUCCACAAUACCUCUUCACAGCUGAGAUGAUGAACGAUAAGUUGGUCAUGAAUUGCAUCACCCCGGGAGAGAAGGGUGUGACUUUCACAAGAGUGAGUAAGAGGACAUCCGACUGCAAGACCCAGCACGCUUGAAUGGAUGGUGCACAAAUGUAGUUUGACAUUUCAGUACAACACAAGACUGUAACACCAGCAUUUGUUUCAAUUAAAAAUACUACACUCCUUUGUCACCUUUGUCUACACGCACAUACGUGAAAGACAUGAUGAAGCCGUUAACUGCUGUCCACAAGCCUACUGCCAGCAUUUUUAUACUCCACCGUCAUGAGGUUCAUGAACCUUCAUGCAAACCACCGGGUUGGUCCUAACUGCUACACCCAAAUACAUGAAAAUCUUCCAAUUGCCUGUAGGCAGUUUUUGAUCUUCCAAAGCAAAUUCUGAAUGUUCCAAAGUCUUUUGCAUUCUGUGUGAUAUCAUCGCAUUUUCUCCACACUUACAUUGCAUUUGUCUCUCAGAGUUAUUAAAUGUAAUGAAACCCAUCUGUUUUUAUGCAUGUGUCCCUUUGACAUUCCUUAAAGGAGCACUUGACAGGAUUUGGACCUUCAUUAAAUGUUUUCACAACUCUUAUGAUGAAACAUCGAUUUACAACUAAUGGUACCGUUGUGAUGCCAUGGUGGUGUUUGUAUUCCUUUUACUGACACAUAAAAUCGUUGAGGAGGGUGGCAGGAA